AUUUUACAAAAAGUUCACUCUAUCAGCUAAAUUUCUUCAAUUAACCGAGCAGAAACAUGCAGCUGGAAGCGUUCUUUCCUGUUAAAUCAAUAAACAAUAAAAAAAGAACUUUCUCGUGUCUGUACUUCAAAAUUGAUGAUAGCUUAAAAAUGGCAAGCAACAUGAAUCGGGAAGAAAUCCUUAAGGAGGCUAAGAAUAUGGAUGCUGAUGAGCUGGUUGAUAAACUGAAUCAAGAUACUGCUGAUUUCCUUGCUCAGCUUCCAAAGGGAAAAAAAGAAGAUUUGUGGUCCUUUAAUGACUGGGAUACGGAGAUGCAAAAACAUCCACUUUUUAUGACAAAGCCACCUGCUGAAGGAGAAGAAAUGUCGCCACUAAUUGAAGCCAUUCAAAGUUUGAAGUAUGAUCCUGAUGAAAAUACACCUGAAGAGCUUGCUCUAUCUUAUAAAGAAGAUGGUAAUGUAAACUUUAAAGGAAAAAAGUAUCGUUGGGCUGUAGAUUCUUAUACAGAGGGUCUUAAAGCAAAUUGUUCUGAUGAAGAAUUAAAUGCUCAGCUUUAUUCAAACAGAGCAGCUGCCCAUUACCAUAUAGGGAACUAUGAGAAAUCUUUGAAAGAUGCACUAGCUUCCAAAGCUUUAAAGCCCAACUAUAUAAAAAGCCUUGAGAGAGGUGCUUUGUGCUGUUUUAAACUAAAUAAAAUGGUAGAAUGCAUAAGUUGGUGUCAUGAAGGAUUAACUGUAAAUCCUGACAAUAAGCUGUUAGAAGAAUUAAAAAACAAAGCUUUACAAAAAAAGAAAGCUGAUGAUAGAGACAGAAGAAAAGCUUUAGCCCAAGACUCAAAGCGUCAAAAAGAGUUAGAAGUCGUGAAGAAAGUCAUUGCCGAAAGAAAGAUUCAAUUGGGCAGCAAUAACCUUGAUUUUGAAAAUGUUCAAACGAUUUGCCCAAGUGCUGUGAGUGCAAGAGUUCAUCUAGAUCAAGAUAAUAAGUUAGUGUGGCCAGUUAUGAUUCUAUACCCAGAAUAUGGUACUUCAGAUUAUAUUCAAGAAUUUCAUGAGGAAUCAGUGUUUUUAGAUCACUUUGAAGUCAUGUUUCAGGAUCCCCCUGGUUGGGAUCAAGAUGGAAAAUACAGCCUAGAAAAUUUGCAGAUAUCUUUUAUGGACAAUGCUCCUAGUGUGGAAAUUAUUACUGUUAAAAUCACAGAUACUCUAAAAAAUGUUCUAUCUCAUAAAAGGUACAAAGUCUAUGAUGGUACACCAGCUUUUUUUGUGACUGCAGCUGAUUCAAGUUUUGACAGAGAAUUUCGUAAAACAUAUCGGGUUGGGAAUUAAGUCUUCCUAGCAGGCCUAUUUUUAUUCUGGACUUAAUAUCAUUAGGGAGAAGUGACCUUCACCUUGUUUGGUGGUAUUACAAAUAAAGCUACUGAGCAUUGAAGUUUGUUCGUAUAUCAUUAUAUAUUUUAUGAAGCAUUUAUCGUUAUUGCUCUGACAAAUCAAACUUGUUUAUUGUGUAAAUAAAUACUAUUAUCUUUCA